CCAUACCGACCAAACAGCCUUUUAACAUCCAUACAAAAUGAUGAUGGGUUUUUGUGUGAGAACACUUCCACUCACUGCCCCUCUCUUUCCAUGGCCACGCCCUCUGCAAUUUCCCGGAACUUGCCCCUCUCACUGUCCAAUCCCCGCUCUCCUCCAACCCUUGUCGCGUCUUGUCUUACUUCACUUUCAAAUUUUCCCAGACUACCGCCUCAUGUCGCUUCCAAUCAACAGUCAUACUUUCCAAAAUUAUCCGUACCCAGUAGAGUUGAUGCACCUGCUUCCAAGUUUUUGCAGAUGGGUCCUCAUAAAAGUCGCCCCCUUCGAAGAUUUCAGGUGAAAUCCAUGGGGACUGAUAGUGGGAGCACUCCCUUGGGCCUCCAAAGCGUCUUUGGAGUGUUGCAUUUAGUGGUUUCUCUUGGGAUAAUACUAGCAAUGGACAAGCUUUUGAAGAAGGCAUUUGUGGCUGCUGCCAUCAAAUUCCCAAGUGCUCUGUUUGGGAUGUUUUGUAUAUUCACCAUUUUAGUUAUUCUUGAUUCUACUGUUCCAGCUGCAGCAAAAAGUUUGAUGAACUUCUUCCAGCCAGCACUUCUGUUUAUUCAGAGAUGGCUUCCCUUGUUUUAUGUUCCAUCCUUGGUUGUUUUGCCUCUUGCUGUUAAAGAUAUUCCUGCAGCUUCGGGUCUCAAGAUUUGUUUUAUAAUAGUUGGAGGCUGGCUUGCUUCACUUUCUGUUGCAGGUUAUACAGCUAUAGCUGUAAGAAAAAUCGUCAAGACAGAAAUGAUACCUGCUGAGCCCAUGGAAAAACCUUCACCUUUUACUUCCAUUGAAGUGUGGACGUGGACUGGAAUUUUCCUUAUAUCAUUUGUUUCUGCUCUUUUAUAUCCAACAUUACUUGGAACAAAUGCUAGAACAUGCCUACCUUUCUUACUCGCAUCUACUGUUUUAGGCUACGUGGUUGGUUCUGGGUUUCCAUCUACUGUGAAGAAGGUGUUCCAUCCAAUUAUAUGUUGUGCCCUAUCUGCAGAUCUGGCAGCCUUGGCUUUUGGAUACUUUUCCCAGUCCGGACUUUAUCCUGUUCUAGGAUAUUACCUUACAAAGGCAUCUUCUAAUCCUGGAGCUGGUGACAUUCUAAUGGGAUUUUUAGGAUCUGUUAUUCUCUCAUUUGCUUUCUCCAUGUUCAAACAGAGAAAGCUUGUAAAGAGGCAUGCAGCUGAGAUUUUCACAUCUGUCAUUAUCUCAACAAUAUUCUCCUUGUAUUCAACUGCUUUUAUUGGACGCAUUCUGGGGUUAGAACAAGAUUUGACUAUAUCAAUUCUACCCAGAUGUAUAACUGUUGCGCUAGCCCUCAGCAUUGUGUCUCUGUUUGAAGGUGCCAAUUCCUCUCUCACAGCCGCUGUGGUUGUACUAACUGGUCUGGUUGGAGCUAAUUUUGUGCAAGCAGUGCUUGAUAAGCUAAAAUUCCGAGAUCCUAUUGCUCGAGGGAUAGCAACUGCAUCUAGUGCUCAUGGACUGGGCACUGCGGCACUGUCAGCAAAGGAACCUGAGGCUCUCCCAUUUUGUGCCAUUGCUUAUGCUCUCACUGGAAUUUUCGGCUCACUCUUAUGCUCAGUUCCAGCAGUCAGGCAAAGCCUGCUUGCAAUUGUUGGGUGAAAAUGUCAACACUUGAUCCAUUGCUUAGUACUUUUGGUGAUUCAUAUGUUGUAAUCUAUCAUACAAUUCAGCCUUUCCAGAUUGUUUUAGUAAAAUGUGGAGAGCAAGAUCAGCCCUUUGGCUGUUUAGAUAUUUGUAGCUUAGAAUGUAGGUUGAUUUAGGACCAUUUUAUUAGAACUGGCAAACUUGCUGAGUAAUCAAUAUUUAUUGCAUAUAAGACAACUGUUUACAUAUU